GUCAGACAGAACUGAAUGAUUCGGAUAACUGGAUGCAUGAUUACUAUGAACCUGAUGAAUCGAAUCCGUUUGGAGAUUUCGGAGCUUCAUCCGAUAAUUAUCAUUUAUCUGAUGACCAAGAACAAACUUUACAUUCAGAACUAAAAACUUUUGAAAAUCAAACUUCUGUUGAAGAUUCUGUACAAGAAAUGAGCAAUGAUAAUGAUCAAACUACAAAAAAUGAAUAUUACUCCAUUAUUUUUGACAUGGAAAGAUCAUCAAUGAUUGAGUCAUCUACUGAUCUCGUAAAUGAUCCAGUUGAUUUUGAAAGAAAUUUAGAACAUUUAAAUGAUGAAGAAUUGCAAACUUUACCACGUGAAUUAUUGACAGCUGCUAAAAAUUUAUUAUCUUCGCUUCUUCACAUCAAAGAUAGUAACAUAAUAGAAGAGGAUGAAGCUUUAUUACAAUUAAUCAAACGAAUUAAAUUUGUCUGGAAUACAAUUAGUUCACAAUCAUUUAAUCGAAAUAAACCAAUAUUUUUAUUUCGCGAUGCAGCUGUAACUCGUGCUGUAAAACUCGGUCAACCUAUUCUCAUAGAAGACUUUGAUUUAGCAAAUCAAGCAGCUACAGAACGUUUAAAUAGUUUAUUAGAACCAACUCCAUCUUUUUCUGUUACUGAAGACAUAACAUGUACAAACACAAAUAUUGAUAUUCUACCCGGUUUUCAAUUAUUUGCAACCGUUCAUCAUGGAUCAGAAUCAGAGCCAAUUAAAAUUAGUCCAGCAACCAGAUCACGUUUUACUGAAAUCCGUGUAGAAGGUUAUGAUGAUAAUGAAGCGAAAGAAGUACUGUUAGAGGAAUUGAAAAGACGAUUAUCUAUCAAUGAAAACGUUGAAGCUGAAAAUAUUUGCGAAAAACUUGAUUCACUUAAAAAGACAUUGGCAGAAGCAUCUGAUAUUACUGUGCGCCAUGAAUAUUCUCAUUAUGAUUUGACACGAUUUCUUCGAGUUGUAGAUUGUUUAUCUUCAUCUACUACUGGACUUGAUCUGAAUCAGAGACUUCUAGUAGCAGUUCGCUUCUUUUUACUGGAUGGCGUAACAUCAGGCAAGGAUAUUGCUAAUUCAUGGAUUAAAUCAUGGAAAUUGUCACAAGAAGAACUGAAUGAAAUUCAAAAUAAGAUUGUUUCAAUAUUUAAGGAGCCCACAUUAGAACAUGUGUCAGAAUUCAUCAAAAUUGGAAAUAAAACAAUUAGAAGUGCAUAUUGUGGCAUUUGUAUGCCUUUGCAUGAUGAUGACAAUGAAAAUGAUGUUAUACCUCGUUUACGUAUAUCUUCAACAAAAACAACAUGUAAAAAUAUUGCUCGAUUAUUUACAGCUGAUUCAGCACGAGUUCCACUACUUCUUGAAGGUCCACCCGGUAUCGGUAAAACAGCAAUUAUUGAUCAAGUAUGUAAAUUAAGGAAUGAAAAAUUAGAACGUAUCAAUAUGUCAGCAAAUACAACUGUAGAGCAAUUAUUCGGUAGUAUUGUUGCAAAAAGUGAUGGAAAUCAACGUGCAUUUGUAUGGCAAGAUGGUGUUGUCACGCGUGCACUACGUAAAAAACAUUCAAUUUUAUUUGAUGAAAUUAAUUUGGCUCCUUCAGAAGUUUUAGAAUCGAUCGUUCCAUUGUUGGAACAUGAUACUAAAUGUUUAACUUUAACUGGAAGUACAGAAGUUCUUAAAAAUAUUAAUUCAAGAAUUUAUGCUACUAUGAAUCCAGCAAAUAUUGGAGGAGGUCGUAGUCAUUUACCAAGAUCGAUUAUUCGUAUGUUUACUUUAGUAAAACUUGAUCCAUAUGAUGAUAUUGAGCUUAAACUUAUUGUAACAACUGUAUUUUCUGAUUUAUUACCAGAAAAUAGAAAUUCUCAAACAACUGAAACAGGUGAUUGGCCUAUACUAACACAUUCACAAUUAGAUAAAGUAUUUGAAUUACAUAAGGAAAUUCAUAAACUUGUUUCAUCACGAGAUAUUGGACAAACAGAUGGUCCACGUGAAAUCAAUCUUCGAGAUCUAAUCAAAUUAUGCGAUAUUUUACGCAAAAAUGCGCGUGAUCUACGUGAUCACUAUACAUAUUUUCCUAAUACUUCAUCAUCGAAUGGAAAAGACAUUGAUGUUCGACUGAUUAUAAUUCGAAAAUUUUUUCGUCUUGUAUAUGGUAUGCGAUGGCAAGAUAUUAACGAUCGAUUGAAAGUUGAUG